AUGACAGAUUAUUUUUAUGAGGAGUCAAACCAUCGUUAUAGACAAUUCAGUCAAAACCUUUCCAAGCAUGUUAUAGAGGAUUUUGAGAUUGGUCAAUUACUUGGUCGUGGUGGUUUUGGCGAUGUGUAUAAAGCCUUCGCGAAAAAAGGGGAAUUUUGUGGAAAAGAAAUUGCUAUAAAAAUUAUUGACAAAUCUUCUUUAAAAUCGGAUGCCCUUCAACGUGUAUAUUCAGAAGCGAAAAUCCAUGCAAAACUGUCUCAUUCAUCUAUUCUCAAGCUUUAUUACUCGUUUGAAGACUCUAGAUAUUUUUAUAUGGUAAUGGAACUGUGCCAUAAUGGAGAACUUUACAAAUAUAUUCACCAACGCAGAGUUCCGCUUAGUGAAGCUGAAGCUAGAUGGGUUAUGAUACAAAUCAUAGAAGGUCUUUUGUACAUGCAUGAACAUGGUAUCAUGCACAGAGACUUAAAACUCUCGAAUAUUUUGUUGACUGAAAGGAAUGAAUUGAAAAUUGCGGAUUUUGGUUUGGCUACUAAUAUUAAUGAAAGAAAUGGUGAACCAAACACUUUGUGUGGAACCCCUAAUUAUAUUUCUCCUGAAAUAAUAUCGCGAAAGCCAUAUGGACUGGCUACUGAUGUUUGGUCUCUCGGUUGUAUGCUUGCUACGAUAUUAACCGGUCAAGCACCUUUUGAAAGUAAAGAAGUACAAAAAACAUUAGAUCGAGUGACAAAAGCAGAUUACGAGUUACCUAAUACGCUUUCAAGAGAAGCCAAAAAUCUGAUUAAUCAGUUAUUACAAGUAGUGACAGAAUAG